AUGUUCAAGUUCUUUGGGAUUCUGGGCCAAAACGUUACGGUAGCUCAGAACGCGGUUGCACUGGAGAUUGUCAGCCUUUGUUACACGAACGGACUAUUUUCGGGUCACGGUGCUCCUCGGGCCUUUGUAUCCUUCACUCCAGACGGCUCUCUUGCACAUCCUAAGCUAAGAAAAGCGGCCCAGAUUCGUGUGAUUCUGCCCCGGCCAAUCAAGAUAGAUGCGGGCCAGUAUAUCAACCUGUGGACGCCAUCAGUUGGAUUCUGGUCGUGGAUCCAAACCCACCCUUUAUAG